GUGGCAGUGGCAUGCCCGCUGCAUGGUGCUAAUCUUUGUACUCCUGAGUCCUGAUCACCAGCUGGAUGCCUAUGGGUGAGUGUCCCAUGUGCAAAUUCCAUCGGCUUAUAUACCUCCAACUUGUGUCCCCUGGAAUGUUCGUCCAUCCUUUGUGCUUUCCGCAAAUCCAAAGUUCAUCCACCCUCUGGAAAUCAGAUCCACUCCAAGCGCCAUGCGUUCAACAUUUUCACUCGCCGCUUCUAUCCUAGUUGCUCUGAUCGGCCAGGCCUUUUCUGCCGCGACAGUGACAACAGACAACGAUGGACCCAAGCAAUGUAUGACCUACACCGGCGCAAACACUGACACUGCAACUUGCAACGACAUUCCGGAUAUGAUUUGUACCAAAGGCUGUCGCGAUAGUUUCGUCGUUGCUCAAGGAUGUCUACCAAAUGAUGGCUCAGCUGCUCCGACAGAUCUUCCCGGGACUCAAGUUUGUACCGUUGGUUUUGGCAGGGACACAGCUGCCGCUAAAGCUUGUCUCACCGAAAGCAAAGGAUUUUCUUGCAAGGGCGAUACGACGGGUUACACAUAUUGUUAUGGUUGUGCCAAGACCCGCAUAACCUACAAAGUUCCCCCAUCUUCUGAAACCUAUCCGCCUUCAUGGCUCAAUCAAAGUCUAACAAACCCAGCGUUGCCACCUCGACAAUGAUCUCAAUGAUUUUCUGUUGACGCGUUCCAGUCCACUGGAUGUCUUGAACUUUUGAAUUUUGAUCACUGUUAAACGUAGUCCAAAAACAUCUAUUUAAAUCAUGGCAUCGUUGUUUUCUUUCAUCCCAUUCUCAAAAUAACUGCGAGUGGGCAUCGAAUGCUUUCAAGGUUUUGUUUGAUCAUCUCUUAAUUUAUACACCUCUCUCAUUUUUCAACAUCUGUCCAUGCGACGAGAUGCCCGGUUCGGGAUAAAUCAAAGAACAAUUCAUGAUGUGUCCGUUGGAAAAUUUCAAAGCCCAACAAAAA